AUGAAAUCGAUCACCAUCAUCGCCUUUGCUCUCUUCCUCCAGGAAGCUCUUGGGGUACUAGUCUGCGAGGAAAUGCCAGUUGGUUUGUGUUCUUUCUCAAUCGCUUCCUCUGGGAAGCGAUGCCUGUUAGAGACGUACGCAUCAAAUUAUGGAACCAUGAACUUCCAAUGCAAGACAUCUGAAGUGGUUGCUAUUAACUUGCAUGAUUAUAUUGAGGCAGAUGAAUGCGUAAUUGCCUGUGGGAUUGAUAGAAAAUCUGUCGGGAUCUCAUCAGACUCCCUCCUCGAUUCUCAGUUCACUGCCAAGCUAUGCUCACCACAGUGUUACCAGAACUGUCCCAACAUUGUUGAUCUUUACUACAAUUUGGCUCUAGGAGAAGGGGCAUUUUUACCUGAUUUGUGCAAAUCUCAACAAACAAGUUCACGGCGUUCAAUGGCUCAGAUUCAAAGUUCUGGUGCAGCUUUUGGCCCUAUUGCUUCUACUGCUGCUGGUCCUAUGUCUGCUGCAGCUCCUUCAUCUUCACCCGUAGAUUGUGCUCCAACUCCAAUGUGA